GAUGCCUACAAAAUAUGACAGAAAACGGAUGUGUAAACAACACAGAUGUGUGCACCUCUAGUGACCUUGCCUUCUCAAUCCUUCACUUGGUGACGGUGACAGUAUUCUAACAGUCCUACCACAAGCUGGCCUGGCCCCUAGAAGAGAGAGGGGAAGAGGCGCAAUCAGCCCACUGACUCCAGCGAGAGACGAGACUGUGAAACCAAGGAGGUUUAAAAGAUUAAACUGCACACGUUUCUGUCGGGGUUUAAAUAAUUAAACCUCCUUGGUGAAACACACUGCCAACCAUUUUGCGAUAACAUCUGCAAAGAACACAGGAGUCUGUCCUUAUACCAACAUACUGGGGAUCGUGGUAUUCAGUUACCACAAAUUGGACUAUUUCACGGUGAAUUCCACCCGAUUAUCUGUUUUUGGUCUCCAUUUAGCGCGUCUUUUUCAAUGAUUUUGUACGUCUUUUUGGCGUCACAAAACUGCAUUGAGCAUAAGACGUGCAAAAUGGAGUCAGAGCCUUAUACUUGCUUUGAGACCGAAGAUUGUAUCAAUUGAAAUUUUUACCACGGAUUUUGGUGCGAUAUGAGAAUGUCACCACGUGGGCUUAGCAGACGACCCCGAGAAUUCACCAAUCAAGACAGUCGAUCGCAGCAUCACAGACAUUGGUGGACCAAUGGCAGGUCGCGGUGACUUCUUGGCGCGAAACGCUUUGAAAUUCGCGCCAAGAAGUUUUCGGCGGGUACUCCAAGGACAACAAAGAAUUUGGGAAACAUCCGUUGCCGAUGAUCUGCAAUAAAUCUACUGAGAAGGAUCAGCAUUGUGAAAGAAAAAAACUUCAAUGUUGAGGCCGGCUUUGGUUACUUCAUUUGUAACUUUUGGAAACCUACGGCGGAGUUUUCCUGUGGCCCCACGAGCCUUUGCGAGCACACACAGUGCAAAGGACAGACGUGCUGAAGUCCAAGACCCUGGGCGGCGUUCCAUAAACCACCUGAGCCACAGGACAGCCACCACCGUUCAUACCUCCGAGAAACUCUGGACAGACGACAUGCCAGCACAGGUCAUCAGCGGCAAGGAGAUCGCGGCGGGCAUUCGUGCCAAGCUGCGGGAGGAGGUGCAGAAGAUGCAGGAAGUGGUGCCGGGCUACAGGCCAGGACUGGCGGUGGUGCAGGUGGGAAACGAUGAGGCAUCCAAUGUGUACAUCAGGAUGAAGAUGAAGGCUGCUGAGGAGGCGGGCAUGAAUGGGAGGCAUAUCAAGAUGCCACAGGACACGACCCAGAAUGAGUUGGUAACCCAGAUUAACCAGUUGAAUGCAGACCCGGGGGUUCACGGCAUGAUCAUACAGCUGCCGCUGGACACAACACAGCCAAUCGACUCCCAUCUCGUACUCAACACCAUCGACCCGGCCAAGGACGUGGAUGGUCUCCAUGAUGUAAACUCGGCAAAGCUUGCCCGGGGAAACCUGUCCGACUGUUUUGUCCCCUGCACGCCAAGGGGUUGUCUGGAACUCAUCAAGUCUGCGGGAACCGAUGUGGACGGGAAAAAUGCAGUGGUCGUUGGACGGAGUAAGAUUGUUGGUGCACCAAUGUCGGAGUUACUGACAUGGAAUCAUGCUACAGUGACAGUGUGCCACUCCCACACUAAGGACCUGGACCAGGUGUGUCGUCAAGCAGACAUCCUGGUGGUGGCGAUCGGCAGGGCGCAGAUGGUCAAGGGCAGCUGGAUCAAACCAGGAGCUGUGGUCAUCGACUGUGGGAUCAACUCCAUACCAGAUGCCACCAAGAAGAGUGGGAAGAGGCUGGUUGGUGAUGUUGAUUAUGCUGAAGCUUUGGAAGUGGCCUCUGCUGUGACCCCCGUCCCGGGCGGGGUUGGACCCAUGACGGUGGCCAUGCUCAUGCAGAACACAGUAGAGAACGCACAGAAGGCCCUGCAGAAGUAUAGGGCAAGUGUGUGGAACAUCAGCUACCUCCCCCUGCGACUCAAGACUCCUGUCCCGAGUGAUAUAGAAGUCGCCACAGCUCAGACUCCCAAGAACGUGGAUGACCUGGCGCGGGAGAUCGGGCUGCAGCCCCACGAGGUCGACCUGUACGGCAAGAAGAAGGCGAAAGUGUCGCUCUCCGUCCUGGACAGGCUCAAGGAUGUUCCAAAUGGCAAAUACGUCGUGGUUACAGGGAUCACGCCCACCCCCCUGGGUGAGGGAAAGAGCACCACGACUAUAGGCUUGACACAGGCUCUUGGGGCUCACCUGAAGAAGAAUGUGUUUGCAUGCGUCAGGCAGCCUUCUCAGGGCCCAACCUUUGGCAUUAAAGGGACUGGUCGAGACAGUCACCAUGGAGACGGUGACCAUGGUGAUGAGCCACACCCACUAGAUCGGUCAGGAGGUGGAGCUGCGGGUGGUGGUUACUCCCAGGUCAUCCCCAUGGAUGAGUUUAACCUGCACCUGACAGGUGACAUCCAUGCCAUCACAGCAGCAAAUAACCUUCUGGCAGCUGCCAUCGAUGCCAGGAUAUUCCAUGAGUCCACACAGACUGACAAGGCCCUGUAUGGACGGCUGGUCCCCACCAAAGACGGUGAGAGGAAGUUCUCCCCGAUCCAGAUGAAGCGUCUGGAGAAGCUGGGCAUCACCAAGACCAACCCAGAUGACCUGACCGAGGAGGAGGUCGCAGACUUCGCCCGGCUGGACAUCGACAAGUCCACCAUCACCUGGCAGCGAGUGAUAGACACUAACGACCGGUACCUCAGGAAAAUCACCGUCGGACAGUCUCCCACUGAGAAGGGCAUCACCAGGGAGACAAAUUUUGACAUCACGGUGGCAAGUGAGAUCAUGGCGGUUCUAGCCCUGACGACCAGCCUGGCCGACAUGCGGGACCGACUGGGCCGUAUGGUGGUGGCCAGCGACACGAAGGGCCGCCCAGUCACCGCUGAUGACCUUGGGCUUGGAGGAGCCCUGACUGUCCUGAUGAAGGAUGCCAUCCGACCCAACCUCAUGCAGAAUUUGGAGGGUACACCUGUGUUUGUGCACGCUGGCCCGUUUGCCAACAUCGCCCACGGCAACUCCUCCGUCCUCGCAGACAAGAUCGCCCUCAAGCUGGUUGGACCCAACGGAUUUGUAGUGACAGAGGCUGGUUUCGGAGCAGACAUCGGGAUGGAGAAGUUCUUUGACAUCAAGUGCCGCUACUCCGGCCUGGUCCCGCACGUGGUCGUCCUGGUCGCCACCAUCCGAGCACUGAAGAUGCAUGGGGGCGGGCCAAAGGUCACGGCAGGGACACCGCUACCCAGGGAGUACAAGGAGGAGAACAUUGGCCUGGUGGAGGCCGGCUGCAGUAACCUGAAGAAACAGAUUGAGAACGCUCUGCACUUCGGCAUUCCUGUGGUUGUGGCAAUCAAUGGAUUUGCGACCGACACUGAAGCAGAGAUGCAGGCCGUUAUUCAGAAGGCACGAGAGUUUGGAGCCUUCGACGCCAUUAUCUGCUCCCACUGGGCCAACGGUGGGGCGGGCGCCGCGGACCUGGCCCAGGCCGUGGAGAGAGCCAGUCAGCAGCCCAGUAACUUCCAGUUCCUGUACGACGUCAAGCUGCCUUUGGAAGAGAAGAUAGAAACCAUUGCCAAGAAAAUCUAUGGUGCUGACGGGAUUGAACUGUCAGAACAGGCACAGGGAGCGAUUAAUCGCUACAAGAGCCAGGGAUUCAAUGACCUUCCCAUCUGCAUGGCAAAGACCCAUCUGUCGCUGUCCCAUGAUGCCGAGCGGAAGGGAGCGCCAUCCGGCUUCACCCUGCCCAUCCGAGACGUGCGGGCCAGCGUGGGUGCCGGAUUCAUCUACCCGCUUGUUGGGACAAUGAGCACCAUGCCAGGACUACCCACAAGGCCAUGCUUCUAUGACAUUGACCUUGACCCUGACACAGAGGAGGUCAAGGGGCUGUUCUAGUUAAACCUAGAUGUGUCUGGACCAAUCUGAUCAGUUCUGCUAGCUACAUGUAAUAUAGUUCUAGCUUGCAGUACAUUAUGAUAUUUUAUGGUUGACCUUUCUAGCUAGUAUACAGUAGAUAGGCGUGCUUGUAAUUGUGUAAAACAGUCAAGCUGAUAUUUGGUCUUGACUGUAUCUGUCAAAGUGGUAUAUUUUGUGGGCAAAAAAAAUCAAGAUUUCUUAUUGUGUUUGCUCAGGAUAUAAUAUGCUUACGUUAUCAAUGUAAUGCAAAGAGAUUCAAGCUAAAAGCACAGAAUCCAAUACUAUCAGUUGCAAUUAUGUUACAUCCAGGGAUCAAACGAUUCGGCCAUGUGCAGAUGUUUAAGUAUAAAAUUUUGAAUUCUGUGUAUCCUAACAAUAAGCCAAGAAGCUACAGUUGUGAGUACUUUAGUAUACAGAUGAGUUGAGAUGUAGCAAGUUUCGGGGUAGGGUUGUGUUGACUAGACAUGAUGACAGCUAUCAAUCAGAGUAGCGUUAACUGCCUGAUCACCUUGUGAUUAUGAAGAAGGUUUGAAAGGUUUUGAAUGAAAACAUCACAGAAGUAGGAUAAGCAAUGUUAUGGUUUCUGUAGUUUAUUGUUUGUAACUAGUGAUAGAUUUGAAUGCUUUUUGAUCAUGACAUGGAAUUUUAAGGAAUGAGGAAAAGUGUCAGCAGAAGUUGAUAGGAAAAAAACUUGCAUAAAAUACUGAAUAUGUGGACCAAAAGUAUAUGCAUAUUAACUGCCUUGAUCAUGAGAAUUUUGCAUGUCAAUAAAACAACUCUCUACCUUU